AUAGAACGAGUGAUUGUUUUCUUAUUUGUUUCUGUGUUGGUUUCUUUGUUGUUUUUGCGUGAGAUACAAUGGGAGGAAUAUUAAGGAUUUUAUAUGUAUUUGGAAAUUCUGCAAUGGUUGGUUUGUAUCGAACUAACAAACGCGUUUUCGUGUCGUUCUCUAAACGCAAUCUUAAUCUAAUUAUCGGAGCUACGUUAAUCUAAUAUUAAACCAAAUAAGUUGGGUAUGAGAAUGAGUGAGUGGGUGAGAGGAUGAGGGAGAGGUAACGUUUGAUAAAUGAUAAGAUACAGUACCGUUCGCGUUCACUAUCAGCGACAAAAUACAAUUGAUAUUGGCUCUUCAAUUCAUCCAACAAUUAAAUCAAGUGCACGCACACAAAUUCUCUCCACUUUUGACGCAUCUUUCACUGUCAAAACUGAAACAAUUAUGGAUUGAACGUUAAUUAAGUGAACCAACUGUGUGUACGAUCCACGUGAAGACGGGAACUUGGGGAGUAUCGAAAAAUAAAGGGGGUAAAUAACCGGGAGACAACAUGGAGCACGCGGAUUUGAUUUCGGAGAUGCCUCACAUCGAGCAAAUGCCAACUCCCGAGAGGCUUGUCCUUGCCAAAAGGCGGAGGACCCAGCAGCUCAAGAUCUGGCAGCAAAGGGAGAAGGAGUACUUCAAGAAGCCACUGAAGAUGCACAAAUCCAACAAGCGCAGCAUCUACUUCAACGACAGCGUUGUGCUUUUGGAGGCGGCAACUAGGAAUGAUAUCGACGAAGUUAGGAGAUUGCUGAUGAAGGGUGUGAAUCCAGAUUCGUGUAAUGAAGAUGGAUUGACUGCUUUACACCAGUGCUGUAUAGAUAACAACGAAUCGAUGCUGCUGCUGCUCCUGGAGUACGGGGCGAAUGCCAACAGCGAAGACAGCGAAAAGUGGACGCCACUCCACGCUGCAGCGACUUGUGGACAUCUCAAAUUAGUCAGGAUAUUAAUAGCUCGAGGUGCGAAUUUGCUGGCGGUGAAUGCGGAUGGGAACAUGCCCUAUGAUAUUUGCGAGGAUGAGCAGGCCCUAGAUUACAUCGAAAGUGAGAUGUCGAAGCGCGGCGUGACCCAGGAAUUGAUUGACGAUACCAGAGCACACACCGAGAAGAAGAUGUUAACAGAUCUACAGAGGGUCGCAGCUUCCAACGGGGACCUCGAGGUCCACGACACCCAAGGCGCCACACCCCUUCACAUCGCUGCAGCUAAUGGAUAUACGUCGGUCGUGGAAUUUUUGUUGGACCAUAACGUGAAUACUGAUGUCAAGGAUCGGGACGAUUGGAGGCCUGCACAUGCGGCCGCCUGCUGGGGUCAUUUAGAGGUGUUGGAAUUGCUCGUCCAGUCCGGGGCCGAUUUGACCGCCAUAAACAAACAUGAGGAGACGCCAGCAGAUAUAUGCGAGGAUCCGGAACUGAAGGACCGCAUCGUGCAGCUGAAACUCGAGCAGGAGACGAAGAGGCAAGCCGAGGCGCAUAAAAGGACGAAGGUGCGGCGGUCCCAAAGCAGCAACACAAGGACUCAAUCUGUGAGAAGGACAUCCCUCCGGGAUAAGGGCUUGACGGCACGGAGGGAUGCGGUGGAGGAAGCUCGACUCCGGCACCAGGCGGAAAAGGGAUUGAACUUGGAGGGAACCAGCGUUACCUCUAACGGGGUCCAAAAUGGCAUGUCGAACAAUAACAACAACAGCAGCAGCGGUGAUCAGAACAACGAGAGGUUGAAGCCGAGCGACGGGAACGCGCUGCAGGUGCAGGAGCGCAAGGACCCCGAUGGCAAGGAUGACGACAGACAGACGGAGGAGAUGAUCGAAUGCCAAAACGAGAAGACUUACACGACAGACGUGAAUGGUAAAGUGACUGUGGUGCAUGUCGUAGUUACAAUAAACGGAAAUGGAACGUUGGCAGAUUUGAAAAAGCAACGGAUGCAAAUACGCAACAGUAGCGCAACGGACGUGAACUCCCUGAAUUCCCCAGUGAGCACGAUUUCCGAUGGGGAUUCAAUGGUGAGCCAACAGGCAACGAACGCCGACAUCGUCAAGUUCACCACAGACGAGAUCGUCGGCGCAGAAAAGCCGAGGAAAUGCUGUGUUAUCCAAUGAUCCAAUGAUUAUCAGUAUUUUCGGUUUCUCUUCCUAUAUACAUAUAUAUCAUUAUUAUUAUCCACUCGGCGAUGUUAUCCAUAUGAAAAGUUUAAGUCUGAAUACUAUUCCUUUAUUUUCUUCCCCCUUUUUGUUUUAAAUAAUAAAAUACCCUCUUUUAUUUUUCUUUUACCUACAUAUUAAGAAAGCAGCAUCAUCGUACAUUUUUAAUAGCACCUAAUCUAUAAAAAAAAUCAUUUCUUUUAGAUGUAAAUUAACACAUUCCAAGAAUGUGAUAAA